CGCGGUAGCGGCUAGCAGAGUGCCAGGCCCGGGGCUCUCUGUGUCCUCUCCCGAGUCAGGGACGAGGCAGUGACUUGGCUCCUGGGCGCUGAGCCCGGGAGCGAUUGCGGGCGGCCGCCGUCACUCCCGCGAGUUCUCGUCCUUAUCGUCUCUCCCCCUCCAAGCGUAGCGCUUGGACGGUCCCGGACCGACGGCCCGGAGCACGGGGGACCGUCGCGGCUGCUGGGGCCAAGACCAGGCUGCAGCCCCCGGACUGCGGGAACGCUGGGGACGAGGACGAGGAGCAGCAGGGAAGAUGGCGUCGGACCUGGAUCCCGAGGGGCAGGCCCUCGACCGCACUUUGCUGGAAUGUUCGGCCGAGGAGACCGCGGGGAAAUGGCUGCAAGCAACUGACCUCACUAGAGAAGUAUACCAGCACCUAGCGCACUAUGUACCCAGAAUCUACUGCACGGGUCCCAACCCUUUCCCGCAGAAAGAGGACAUGCUGGCCCAGCAUGUUUUGUUGGGGCCGAUGGAGUGGUACCUUUGUGGUGAAGACCCUGCGUUCGGAUUUCCAAAACUUGAACAAGCAAACAAACCUUCUCAUCUUUGCGGUCGUGUUUUUAAAGUUGGAGAGCCUACAUACUCUUGCAGAGACUGUGCAGUUGAUCCAACUUGUGUUUUAUGCAUGGAGUGCUUUUUGGGAAGUAUUCACAGAGAUCAUCGAUACAGGAUGACGACUUCAGGAGGUGGCGGCUUCUGUGACUGUGGUGAUACCGAAGCUUGGAAAGAGGGUCCUUACUGUCAAAAACAUGAGCUUAACACCUCUGAAAUUGAAGAAGAGGAGGAUCCUCUUGUGCAUUUAUCUGAAGAAGUGAUAGCAAGAACUUACAACAUUUUCGCUAUUAUGUUUCGGUAUGCAGUAGAAAUCCUAACCUGGGAGAAGGAAAAUGAAUUGCCAGCAGAUUUAGAGAUGGAAGAGAAGAGCGACACUUACUAUUGCAUGUUGUUUAAUGACGAGGUUCACACCUAUGAACAAGUUAUUUAUACUCUUCAGAAAGCUGUCAACUGCACACAAAAGGAAGCCAUUGGUUUUGCAACUACAGUAGAUCGGGAUGGACGUAGGUCUGUUCGAUACGGAGACUUCCAGUAUUGUGAACAAGCAAAAUCUGUGAUUGUGAGAAAUACCAGUAGACAGACAAAGCCACUCAAAGUUCAAGUUAUGCAUUCAUCUCUUGUUGCACAUCAGAAUUUUGGUUUGAAGCUUUUGACUUGGCUGGGAAGUAUCAUUGGAUAUUCAGAUGGCCUUCGCCGGAUUUUGUGUCAGGUUGGAUUACAAGAAGGGCCAGAUGGUGAAAAUUCUUCUCUGGUGGACAGAUUGAUGCUUAGUGAUUCUAAAUUAUGGAAAGGUGCUAGAAGUGUAUAUCAUCAGUUGUUCAUGAGCAGCCUCCUUAUGGACUUGAAAUACAAAAAACUAUUUGCUAUCCGAUUUGCAAAGAAUUACCAGCAGCUGCAGAGAGAUUUUAUGGAUGAUGAUCACGAGCGAGCAGUGUCGGUGACGGCUCUGUCUGUCCAACUCUUCACUGCGCCUACGCUGGCUCGGAUGCUCAUCACAGAGGAAAACCUGAUGUCCAUUAUCAUUAAGACCUUCAUGGAUCAUUUGAGACAUCGAGAUGGGCAGGGCAGAUUUCAGUUUGAACGAUACACUGCUUUACAAGCCUUCAAGUUCAGGAGAGUUCAGAGCCUUAUUUUAGAUCUCAAGUAUGUGUUAAUUAGCAGACCAGCUACGUGGUCAGAUGAGCUGCGGCACAAGUUCCUGGAGGGGUUUGAUGCCUUUUUGGAAUUACUGAAAUGCAUGCAGGGAAUGGAUCCGAUCACACGACAAGUAGGACAACAUAUUGAAAUGGAGCCAGAGUGGGAAGCAGCCUUCACACUACAAAUGAAACUGACGCACGUCAUCUCCAUGGUUCAGGACUGGUGUGCUUCAGAUGAAAAAGUUUUAAUUGAAGCUUACAAGAAAUGCCUUGCUGUGUUGAUGCAGUGUCAUGGUGGUUUCACUGAUGGUGAACAGCCAAUCACACUAAGUAUUUGUGGACACUCAGUGGAAACUAUCAGAUACUGUGUUUCCCAAGAAAAAGUCAGCAUUCACCUCCCAGUUUCUCGUUUGCUUGCAGGUUUGCAUGUAUUACUAAGCAAAAGUGAAGUGGCAUAUAAAUUUCCAGAGCUCCUACCUCUAAGUGAACUUAGCCCACCCAUGUUGAUAGAACACCCGCUUAGAUGUCUUGUUUUAUGUGCCCAAGUACACGCUGGAAUGUGGAGGCGAAACGGGUUCUCACUAGUAAACCAGAUUUAUUACUACCAUAAUGUGAAAUGCAGGCGUGAGAUGUUCGACAAGGAUAUCAUGAUGCUUCAGACAGGUGUCUCCAUGAUGGAUCCAAAUCAUUUCCUGAUGAUAAUGCUCAGCCGCUUUGAACUUUAUCAGAUCUUCAGUACACCAGAGUAUGGGAAAAGAUUCAGUUCCGAGAUCACCCAGAAGGAUGUUGUUCAGCAGAACAAUACUCUAAUAGAAGAAAUGCUGUACCUCAUUAUAAUGCUUGUUGGUGAGAGAUUUAGUCCUGGGGUUGGACAAGUAAAUGCUACAGAUGAAAUUAAGCGGGAGAUUAUCCACCAGUUGAGCAUCAAACCUAUGGCUCAUAGUGAAUUGGUAAAGUCUCUGCCUGAAGAUGAGAACAAGGAGACUGGCAUGGAGAAUGUCAUUGAAACAGUUGCCCAUUUCAGGAAACCUGGAUUAACAGGACGAGGCAUGUAUGAGCUGAAACCAGAAUGUGCCAAAGAGUUCAACUUGUAUUUCUAUCACUUCUCAAGGGCAGAGCAGUCCAAGGCAGAAGAAGCACAAAGAAAAUUGAGAAGACAAAAUAGAGAAGAUACAGCACUUCCACCUCCAGUUUUGCCUCCUUUCUGCCCUCUGUUUGCAAGUCUGGUUAACAUUUUGCAGUCAGACGUCAUGUUGUGCAUCAUGGGAACGAUACUGCAGUGGGCUGUGGAACAUAAUGGAUAUGCGUGGUCAGAGUCUAUGCUGCAGAGGGUGUUACAUUUAAUUGGAAUGGCACUGCAAGAAGAAAAGCAGCAUUUAGAGAAUGCCAUGGAAGAGCACGUAGUGACGUUCACCUUCACUCAGAAGAUUUCAAAGCCUGGGGAAGCACCGAACAGCUCCCCGAGCAUACUGGCCAUGUUGGAGACGCUGCAGAACGCUCCCUACCUGGAGGUGCACCAAGACAUGAUUCGGUGGAUACUGAAGACAUUUAAUGCAAUUAAGAAGAUAAGAAUGAGUUCAUCAACCAGUCCCGUGGCAGAGGCAGAAGGAACUGUAAUGGAGGAGAGUUCAAGAGACAAAGACAAAGCUGAGAGGAAGAGAAAAGCUGAAAUUGCCAGACUGCGAAGAGAAAAGAUCAUGGCCCAGAUGUCUGAGAUGCAGCGGCACUUUAUCGAUGAGAACAAAGAGCUCUUUCAGCAAACGUUAGAUCUAGAAGGCUCUUCCUCCACCGUUCUUAACAACAGCCCCGUGGUUUCAGGUAUGACCCUUACAGCCCUGGGCCCAGCACAAACACAGGUCCCUGAACACAAACAGUUUGUGACCUGUAUAUUGUGUCAAGAGGAGCAAGAAGUUAACGUGGAAAGUAGAGCCAUGGUCUUGGCGGCAUUUGUCCAAAGAUCAACCGUACUGUCAAAAAACAGAAGUAAAUUCAUUCAGGAUCCAGAAAAAUAUGAUCCAUUAUUCAUGCACCCUGAUCUGUCUUGUGGAACACACACUGGUAGCUGUGGGCACGUUAUGCAUGCCCAUUGUUGGCAAAGGUACUUUGAUUCCGUUCAAGCUAAAGAGCAGAGAAGGCAACAGAGGUUACGCAUACAUACGAGCUACGAUGUGGAGUGUGGAGAGUUCCUCUGCCCGCUGUGUGAGUGCUUGAGCAAUACUGUCAUUCCUCUGCUGCUUCCUCCAAGAAACAUUUUCAACAGCAGGUUAAAUUUUUCAGACCAGCCAAAUCUGACAAAAUGGACUAGAACAGUAUCCCAGCAAAUAAAAACCUUACAGAGUCUUAGGAAAGAAGAAAAUGCUCCUAAUGCUGCCUCUUCAAAGAAUUCAAUGAACAUAGAUGAAUUACAGCUCCCUGCAGGUUUUAGGCCGGAUUUUCAUCCCACGAACCCUUAUUCUGAGAGCAUUAAGGAAAUGCUGACAACAUUUGGAACUGCUACCUACAAGGUAGGACUAAAAGUUCACCCCAAUGAAGAGGACCCCCGCGUGCCCAUAAUGUGUUGGGGUAGCUGUGCAUACACCAUCCAGAGCAUAGAAAGAAUCCUGAGUGAUGAAGAUAAACCGCUGUUUGGCCCUUUGCCCUGCAGGCUGGAUGAUUGUCUUAGAUCGCUGACAAGAUUUGCAGCAGCACAUUGGACAGUGGCAUCACUUCCAGUGGUACAAAGACAUUUUUGUAAACUUUUUGCAUCGCUGGUGCCUGAUGACAGCUACGAUGACGUUCCGUGCAUACUGGACAUCGACAUGUUUCAUUUGCUGGUGAGUUUGGUGCUCGCUUUCCCCGCGCUGCAGUGUCAGGAUUUUUCAGGGGUCAGCCUCAGCACCGGAGACCUCCACCUCUUCCACCUGGUCACCAUGGCACACAUCACACAGAUCUUACUGACCUCGAGUACAGAAGAACACGGCAUGGAUCAGGAGGACCCCACUGGUGAAGAAGAGUUAGCAGUGCUUGCUUUGUACAAAACACUUCACCAGUGUACUGGAAGUGCCUUGAAAGAAGCACCCUCUGGCUGGCACCUGUGGCAGAGCGUCAGAGCUGGCAUCACGCCUUUCCUCAAGUGCUCGGCUGUGUUUUUUCAUUACCUAAACGGAGUCCCAUCGCCACCUGACAUCCAAGUGUCAGAAACAAGCCAUUUUGAACAUUUAUGUAACUAUCUUGCCCUACCAACCAACCUCAUUUGCCUUUUUCAACAACAUAGUGAGAUAAUGAAUUCACUGAUUGAAAGUUGGUGCCGUAACAGUGAAGUUAAAAGAUAUCUGCAAGGUGAAAGAGAUGCAAUCAGUUAUCCUAGAGAAUCUAACAGAUUAAUAGACCUCCCUGAAGAUUACAGCAGCCUCAUUAAUCAAGCAUCCAAUUUCUCGUGCCCCAAGUCAGGUGGUGACAAGAGCAGAGCUCCAACGCUGUGCCUCGUGUGCGGAACGCUGCUGUGCUCGCAGAGCUACUGCUGCCAGACGGAGCUGGAGGGGGAGGACGUGGGCGCCUGCACCGCGCACACCUACUCCUGUGGCUCGGGCGUGGGUAUCUUCCUGAGAGUCCGCGAGUGUCAGGUGCUGUUUUUAGCCGGCAAAACCAAAGGUUGUUUUUAUUCUCCCCCUUACCUUGACGACUAUGGGGAGACUGACCAGGGACUCAGACGGGGAAACCCUUUGCAUCUGUGCAGCGAGCGAUUUAAGAAGAUCCAAAAGCUCUGGCACCAGCACAGCAUCACGGAGGAGAUCGGCCACGCGCAGGAGGCGAACCAGACCCUGUUUGGCAUUGACUGGCAGCAUCUGUAGUCGCUUUGCCACCAAAUAUGAACUUGAGUUUUGUAACCUGGUCGGCUUUUUAAGGAAGAAAGUGGGAAAUAGUUCUGCUGAAUUUUGAAAUAAAUUCUUUAUUUAAGUUUUC